UUGAUCGAAGUGGAGGAACACGCCGAGAGUACGUUGUCCAAGUUCACAGGAGGCACACGUAUACACUCUUGCCGGAGUACAUGAGGGAAGUUAUCAAGCUCGGGGAGAGCUUGAAGCGACAGAACCAAGCAGCUCUACACCGACAUGGCAAACUCACGCGAGUGGAUCUACAGGGACAAGCCGUGGAGAUCGGUGCCUUUCAAGCAUGCCUCGACUUUCUCGAGCCUGGCGCUGGAUCCCGAGCUCAAGAACAAGAUCAUCCAGGACCUGGACUCGUUCAAAGCUGGAAAGGAUUUCUUUGAGCGGGUUGGCAGAGCUUGGAAGCGUGGGUAUCUCUUGUACGGGCCUCCGGGGACUGGGAAGUCGUCACUCAUCGCUGCCAUUGCGAACUACACGCAGUAUGAUGUCUACGAUAUGGAGCUGACGGAGGUGCAGAGCAAUGCAGACUUGAGAAAGCUGCUCAUGGGGAUUUCCAACAAGGCGAUCAUCGUGAUCGAGGACAUCGACUGCUCGCUGGAGCUCAAGAAGAGGGGGAAGCCGGCACCGGAGGAAGAAACCGAGGAGAAAGAUGGAGAGUCCGAGAAGAAAAACAAGAAAAAGGAGCAAGAGAGCAGCAGGGUCACACUUUCGGGGCUACUGAAUUUCAUCGAUGGGCUGUGGUCUUGUAGCGGGAGUGAGAACUUCACGACCAACCACAAGGAGGAUUAGAUUCUAGACCCUGCGUUGUUGAGGUCCGGCAGGAUGGACCUCCACAUUUUCAUGGGCUACUGUGGAUUUGAGGCGUUCAAGGUGCUGGCGUGGACUCACCUUGAAAUCUCGCAACAGGAGCAGUUUGAGGAGGAGUUUGGAGAGAUCGAGGAGCUGAUUGCCAAGGUUGAGAUCACUCCUGCUGAUAUCGCGGAGGUGUUGAUCCAGAACAGGGGGAACUCGAGAGGGGCUCUAGAGAAAGUGAUUGAGGCUCUCCAGGAUCGAAAGGAGCACGGUGCAAAGAAAGAGGAAAAUGAGAACAAGCAGGAAUGAGAUGUUGUGAAGUCCGUAAAUAAUAGUUAUCACAUAACA